UCACUCAUCAGUUCUUUCAACAACAUUUCCAGUGGCCUUCAGCCCUUCACUCUCUCCCCAGCUUGCUGCAAAUCAUGGUAGCUACACAGGUGGUACCAAAUGGAUGGCCAUUUGGGCUUGAAAAGAUGAACAUAUGGCUUAGACUGAAUGAUGCUCCAAAUUCUCAUGUUGACACACUAUCACUAGACCCUUCCCCAUUUUGUGUUGUUCACUCCCCAAGUUUAUCCUCAUUCUCCUCUUCCAAUCUUGAUACUGAGUCAACUGUGUCGUUUUUUAUGGAUCAAAGUGUAUCUCUAAGACGACUGAUUGGAAUGAGAUCCGGAAACAAUGGGAAGUUGUACUUUUCGAACGCAAUGCAUAGUGAGAUUCAUGGAAAGAAUGUUUUGAAUAGAAGAUUGCAGUUAGAGGUGUCAAAUGGACAAGAUGGAAGGAAAAUUAGACGAUGGCUUUAUGUGCCGUUACACAAUGUUUUAGAGAAAAUGAGAUGUAUUAAAGGCAACAAUUCAAAGUAUAGAAUAUUUAAUUGUUAAAAUGUAGGGCCCUAAAAUGUAUAGUAGAAUUUCAUGUAUUUUAUCACUUUAUGUUGUGACUUUUGGGGAAAAAGAUCUCUAUUUAGAUAUAUAGAUUGU